UACCACCAUGGAUGCUCGCCGCGUGCUGCAAAAGGAUCACAGAGGAAAGACGAACUUCAAGAAAUUCAGCUAUGUGAAGUUGAUUUCCAUGGAAACCUCGUCAUCCUCUGAUGACAGUUGUGACAGCUUUGCUUCUGAUAAUUUUGCAAACACAAAACCUAAAUUCAGGUCAGAUAUCAGUGAAGAACUGGCAAAUGUUUUUUAUGAGGACUCUGAUAAUGAAUCUUUCUGCGGCUUCUCAGAAAGUGAGGUGCAAGAUGUGUUAGACCAUUGUGGAUUUUUACAGAAAACAAGGCCAGAUGUCACUAACAAACUGGCCAAUAUUUUUCACGCCGACUCUGACGAUGAAUCAUUUUGCGGUUUCUCAGAGAGUGAGAUACAAGAUGGAAUGUCAGACCGUGCAGGCUGCAGGACCCGCAGUCAAAGCAAACGGUCCGGGCCUCUCCGGGUGGCCAUGAAGUUUCCAGCUCGAAAUACCAGGGGCGCAGCCAGCAAAAGAGCAGCAGCUCCUGCACCCCCCGAGAAAUCUGUGACUGAUUCCAACUCUGAUUCAGAAGAUGAAAAUGGCAUGAAUUUUCUGGAGAAAAGGGCGUUAAAUAUAAAGCAAAACAAAGCAAUGCUUGCGAAGCUAAUGGCGGAAUUAGAAAGUUUCCCUGGCUCAUUCCCUGGACGGCAUUCCCUCCCAGGCCGCCGACCACAACCAAAGACACCCCGGAGGCGCACAUUCCCAGGUGUUACGUCCAGGAGAAACCCCGAUCGGAGAGCACGUCCUCUUACCAGGUCAAGGUCCCGGAUCCUUGGGUCCCGUGGCGCUCUACCCACGGAGGAGGAGGAGGCAGAGGAGGAGGAGGAUAAGUACAUGUUGGUGAGAAAGAGGAAGACCAUGGACGGCUACAUGAACGAUGAUGACAUGCCCCGAGGUCGUCGUCCCGGAUCCAUGACCCUUCCGCAUGUCAUCCGCCCAGUGGAAGAGAUUACAGAGGAGGAGUUGGAGAACAUUUGCAACAAUUCUCGAGAGAAGAUAUACAGCCGCUCAUUGGGAUCUACUUGUCAUCAGUGCCGCCAGAAAACCAUCGAUACCAAAACAAACUGCAGAAACCCAGAGUGCUGGGGCGUUCGGGGCCAGUUCUGCGGCCCCUGCCUUCGGAACCGCUACGGCGAAGAGGUCAAGGACGCCCUGCUGGAUCCAAACUGGCAUUGCCCGCCUUGUCGAAGAAUCUGCAAUUGCAGUUUCUGUCGUCAGCGAGAUGGGCGGUGUGCGACUGGGGUCCUGGUGUACCUAGCCAAAUACCAUGGCUUUGGGAAUGUGCACGCUUACUUGAAAAGCCUGAAGCAGGAGUUUGAGAUGCAGGCAUAGUAUUUGGAAGGUCCACUACCUGCCUUCCACUGCGCCCGUCUUCCUUGUUAAAGUUUUCAAUGGUGUCACGCAGCGGAAUCCUGAGUUAAGAAUUCUGAUGAUCAGUUUGUUUAUAGGAAACUCAGAUCAAGUUACUCUCAUCGGCCGUGUUUCCCAGCCUCCCGGAGGCGUGUUUCCAGCUGUGCUUUGUCCUCUUGCCAUUUCUUUGCUUUCUCCUGCCCCUCACCCCACACCAACCCCCUCUGUUUACAGUGGGUCUCUCUCACCCUCUCGUUUCUGAAUUCUUUUAAAACGACCGUUUUAUGAAAGCAUGUUUGAUUUAAUCGGUGUUGAAAUAGCCCUGGAAUCCACCUAUAAAACCAAGCACUUAGAAACGCAGUAGUGGUGUUAACUAAUUACAUCUAUUGAGACCAGCCCUCUAACUUGUUGACACAAAAACAAUGGGCAUGAUGGUCACACUAGUUGACAUUUCUUACAGAAUCAAGGCCCAAAAGUCUUAAAAAACCAUGUGGAGAGGAAUGAGGUAAUUGUUGGAAAGUGGGGUGUGUUACUUUGGACGCCUCUAAUGAGAAUAUUCCAUUAUGGUGCUUAUUAUACAAGUAGUCACCACUGGGAUUUAGUUGCUGAUUUUUUCCACCAUGAGGUUGGGUGGUACAUCGGGCUCAAACUGGCACAAUCCAAAGAAUUGUGGACAGUGCUAUAUUCACAGUCAUUAUAGAAAAGACAUCCUAGGGCAGUGGUCGGCAAACUCAUUAGUCAACAGAGCCAAAUAUCAACAGUACUUCUUCAAAAUGGACUCGUCCAGGCCGAACACCGACUUCUGCGCAUGGGCCACGAAGUUUCGAUCGCACUGUCCGUGCGCCCGCACCUGGUAUUUUGUGGAAGAGCCACACUCAAGGGGCCAAAAAGCCGCAGGUGGCUCGCGAGCCGCAGUUUGCCGACCACGGUCCUAGGGAAUUAGUAUGAAAUAGGGUGGUUUGAAUUCAUGAUAUAACCUUCAGUAUAAUGGUAGCUUGCCAAGUUUAUUUCAUUUAAUAAAUGUAAGGCAUUUCAAAUUCUUGAUCAUUUUGCUUGGAAAAUUGAUACUAAUGUUAGCAUACAAUUUGCAGUUUUUGUUUUCUUGAAGAAAUUUUUUGUUUUCAGACAUAAGGUGGAGGCUUUUACCAAUGAAAGCUAGGCACGAGGUUCGUGUUCAGUGUCCAAGUUUCAAGCACUUUUAGAGCAAAGAGAAGUGCCUUUUUGGAGAUGGGUGACUUUCCAGUUUGUUGACUUGACAUCUCCGCCAGUUUAGUUUCUGGGCAGAUUUCAUGUGUCGAGCCCUCCCCCCCCCCCCCCCAUUUUUUUUGCAUUAAUCACUUGGUAGAGGUGGGUCUGAGUGUUGUCCAUUUCCCUUUGCCAGUGCAGCCUGUUGCUGUGUCCUUUCAGUGAUGCAUGCAUGGACCUUGAAUCAAUAAAUGUAAAUAGAGCUUUUGAUCUGUAAUGCUUUUAUAUAAAGUUUUUAUUUUGAUAAUAAAACAUUUUGUUCUA